AUGUUACGGGGAUGGAUGCGCCGGACGAUGGGCUGCCCGGGCACUCGGCACUACGGCUGGGGCGGACGAUUUGGCGCAAUUGUACCGGAUCUGGGAGACAAGAGGCCCACGUACAUCGUCGUCGGGGCCGGCUCGGCCGGAUGUGUUUUGGCCAACCGUCUAACCGAGAAUCCCGGGAAUCGUGUACUGCUGGUGGAGGCAGGCCCGCGCGAUCACAAAUGGAACUGGAAAUUUCACAUGCCAGCUGCCCUGAUGUACAACCUCUGCGACGACAAAUACAACUGGUUUUACUUUACGCAGCCCCAGAAGAACAUGAAUGGACGAACAAUCUAUUGGCCGCGUGGCCGUGUUUGGGGAGGUUCGUCCACAAUCAACGCGAUGGUGUAUGUUCGCGGUCAUCCGCUGGACUACGAUCGCUGGGAGCGGGAAGGGGCCAAGCGCUGGUCCUAUAAGGACGUAUUACCUUAUUUUAAGAAAGCCCAAACGCAUGAGCUGUCUAAGGGGCCCACUGAUCUUUAUCGUGGUUGGAAUGGUCCGUUGCAUGUAAUGCAAGGCAGAUGCGAAAACCCGUUACACAGGGCCUUCAUUGAAUCGGGAAAUUUGUAUGGUAUUGGUGUUGUGGACGAUAUGAACGGGUACAAACAGGAGGGGACUGCACCAAUGGAUCUUACUAUUUACAAGGGUUUGCGAUGGAGUACAUCAAGGGCUUACCUCUGGCCUGCACUGUCGCGACCGAAUCUACACGCAUCUUCAAACAUACUCUGCACUCGUAUAUUAUUCGAUGGCAAAAAAGCAAUUGGUAUCGAAUUUAUAAGAAAGAGUGGCCCGCUUUGCGAAGGCAUCGAUUCUUGGAAUCGCGAAAAAGUGUACUGCGAGGAAGGCGUGAUUCUUGCUGGUGGCGCAAUUAACACUCCACAGCUGAUGCUUCUGAGCGGGAUUGGACCGGCCGAUAACAUCAGAGCACACAGGAUUCCGCUGGUGCAGCACAUGCCAGGUGUUGGCAAUAAUCUGCAAGAUCAUCUCGAGGUCUACGUUCAGCAGGCACACAGGAUUCCGCUGGUGCAGCAUAUGCCAGGUGUUGGCAAUAAUCUGCAAGAUCAUCUCGAGGUCUACGUUCAGCAGAAAUGUACGAAACCGAUUACGCUGUACAAUCAUAGCUCAUGGCGUUUUCCGCAUAACAUGAUCAGGAUUGGCCUGCAGUGGUAUAUUUCGAAAACUGGCUUAGGCGCCAGCAGUCAUUUAGAAUCCGGUGGUUUCGUAAGAAGUACACCCAAGGUUCCUCAUCCGGAUAUCCAGUUCCAUUUUCUUCCUUCCACAGUACACGAUGACGGACGCAGUUGUGGAACUUGCCAUGCUUAUCAGGUACACGUUGGUCCAAUGCGUUCCAAGUCUUCCGGUACUAUAACACUUGCCAGUAAUGAUCCAAGGCGGCACCCACUUAUCAAUCCGAAUUAUUUGGAUUAUGAGGAGGACUAUAUUGAGUUCCGGCAUGCCAUACGAAUUGCAAGAGCGCUUCUGAGUCAGAAAAGUUUCGACGAAUAUCGCGAUGAUGAGUUACAGCCGGGAGCAAACUGUCAAAGCGAUAAGCAGAUUGAUGAAUUUGUUCGAAAAGAAGCAGCAUCUGCCUACCAUCCGUCAUGUACUUGCAAAAUGGGAAAUGAAUCCGAUCGGUUCGCCGUAGUAAAUCCAGAAACGAUGGGCGUCUAUGGGAUUGACAACCUUUACGUGGCCGAUGCAUCAGCAAUGCCAUCAAUUGUGAGCGGGAAUUUGAAUGCGCCUGUUAUAAUGCUGGCUGAGAGAGCUGCGGAUUUGAUACAGAAGAAAACACCGUUGGCUGCUGAAAUUGUACCAGUCUGGUCGCCGUAUGAGGAAAAUACACAGAAACGAAUUUCCACUGGUGCUAGGCUGUGA